CCAACCAUCUCUAGGUCAUAGAGAAUGAGUUUUCGUGGAGGAGGAAGAGGAGGGGGCUUCAAUCGUGGAGGAGGUGGUGACAGAGGUGGCUUUAAUCGUGGACGUGGUGGCUUUGGACGGGGAGGCGGUGGACGAGGAGGUGGUGGACGAGGAGGCUUCAACAGAGGCGGAUAUGACCAGGGACCUCCAGAAAGGGUAGUCUUGUUGGGAGAGUUCAUGCAUCCAUGUGAAGAUGACAUUGUUUGUAAAUGUAAAACAGAAGAAAACAGGGUGCCUUAUUUCAAUGCACCCGUGUACUUGGAUAAUAAGGAGCAGAUUGGCAAAGUAGAUGAAAUCUUCGGACAGCUAAGAGAUUUUUAUUUUUCAGUGAAGCUGUCUGAGAACAUGAAAGCUUCUUCAUUUAAAAAAAUGCAAAAGUUUUAUAUUGAUCCAGCAAAGCUACUACCCCUGCAGAGAUUUUUGCCAAGGCCUCCUGGAGAAAAGGGUCCUCCUAGAGGAGGUGGUAGAGGAGGACGUGGUGGUGGACGUGGAGGAGGAAGAGGUGGUGGUAGAGGUGGAG